UUGCCUCUUUCCCUCGGCUUGCCACAGUCUCUUUUUCCCUCUAACUUCCACUUAAGCAACCACACUGGUUUAAUGUAUCGGCCAAAAGUAUCCGCUGAGGUUCAAACCACUCGUCCUGCCUGGCGGCAGCUGGCAGAACACGUUAAAAAGCAGGCGUUCUACUUAGACGCCUAAAAUGCCACAGCAACCACCAUCCGUCGCUCCCAGAACCUAUGAGAGGAAGGCUCUUCUCUGCUUGAAAGGGGAGCGAUGACGUCAUCAAGCGGCGACUCUGUGCCGCCAAGGUCCUCGAAACGUGCGAGGGGGUCUAUUUGAGGCUAGUUUAGGCUAGUGGGCUGGCCAUGCGAGGGACUGAGGGCUUUGGGGAAAGCGUGAAGUACGGAGAAGGUGGAGGGAGAGGGGAGUUGGUGUUUCUUCUGAGAUCGCCCUGUAGUGACUGCAAAUUUUGUUUCUUUCGGAGUUUGUCCAUCCAACCGGUUCAGCAGAGGAAGAUUCCAAACCGGUACCUUGGCCAACCUAGCCCUUUCACACACCCACAUCUUCUCAAACUAGGUGAAGUAACACCAGGGUUAUCACAAGUGGAAUAUGCUCUCCGAAGACACAAGUUAAUGGCUCAGUUACAGAAAGAAGUGCCAGGCAUGGACCACACAGUGAUUGUGCUCUCCAAUCCCACCUACUACAUGAGUAAUGAUAUUCCAUAUACCUUCCAUCAGGACACUAAUUUUCUAUAUCUGUGUGGGUUCCAGGAGCCUGACAGCAUCUUAGUGCUGCAGAGCAUGCCUGGCAAAUCCUUACCAUCUCACAAAGCUCUACUAUUUGUCCCACGGAGAGAUCCAAGCAGAGAGCUGUGGGAUGGGCCACGGUCUGGUACUGAUGGAGCACUGGCUCUCACAGGUGUAGAUGAAGCAUAUACCAUAGAAGAAUUCAGACACCUGGUGGCUAAAUUGAAAGAUGAAUCUAGUAUGGUUUGGUAUGAUUUUGCUAAACCUGUGCAUCCACAGCUCCAUUCUGAUUACCUGUUACACCUGGCUGAGGUCAAAGCUAGAAGCAAGAAUCGUAUCCAAGCAAUCCGUCAACUAGUACAAAACUUACGCUUGGUCAAAUCUCCUGCAGAGAUUGAGAGGAUGAAGAUUGCUGGCAAGGUGACAUCACAGGCAUUCAUAGAAACAAUGUUUGCAAGCAAAGCUCCAGUGGAGGAAGCAUUCCUUUAUGCAAAGUUUGAAUUUGAGUGCCGGGCCCGUGGUGCUGACAUCUUGGCUUAUCCCCCAGUGGUUGCAGGUGGCAACAGGUCCAAUACCUUGCAUUAUGUGAAAAACAACCAGCUCAUUAAGGAUGGUGAAAUGGUUUUACUGGAUGGUGGGUGUGAAUCUUCCUGUUAUGUAAGUGACAUAACCCGCACUUGGCCCAUCAAUGGCAGGUUCACUAAUCCCCAGGCAGAGCUGUACCAGGCUGUCUUAGAAGUUCAGAAGUCCUGCCUGAGGCUCUGUUCCCCAGGUGUGAGCCUAGACAACAUCUACAGUCUCAUGCUGACUCUCAUUGGACAAAAGCUGAAAGAUUUGGGAAUCCUGCAGAAAAGCACCCCUGAGAGCCACCUUUUCAAGGCUGUUCGGAAAUACUGCCCCCAUCAUGUAGGGCAUUAUCUGGGAAUGGAUGUUCACGACACACCUGAGGUAUCCCGCUCAAUCCCCCUGCAGCCAGGCAUGGUGAUCACUAUUGAACCAGGCAUCUACAUUCCUGAGGAUGAUGCAAGUGCCCCUGAAAGAUUUCGAGGCAUUGGUGUACGCAUAGAAGAUGAUGUUGUAGUGACAGAGAACAUACCAUUAAUCCUCUCUGCAGACUGCCCAAAGGAAAUAUAUGACAUUGAACAAGUCUGUGGUUGUGGUCCUUGAUGACUGUUACCACCUUUUAUGUAUUGCUCAGGUACAAGAAAUAUAUUCUUUCAGACACAAUACAGUCUUUUAUAACCUUUAUGAUAAGCUUUUAGGAUUGGUAGAGUGGGUAGAAUUGUAGUUGUGAAACAAUACAGGUAAAGAAUGGUGUGUAAAUAUUUUGAACAACAAUAACAUUUUAUUUAAGUGAAGAAAAUGUACCUGGAUAUCUGAUACAUAUUUCUAGUGUGCUAAAGAAAUCAGACUCAGAAAUCUACAUGUGCAAUCUGGACUAUUUUUGCCCUUCUUUACAUAACUUUAAUAAUAUUUUUUUGCUAUUUGUUAUUCACAGUGACUUAUGGAAUUGUGUCCCAGUUGUUCCUUAUGCUGUACUUUUUUCAGAUGUUGCAGAGGGACUUUAUUUCAGUUGAUUCUAGCUUUUGAUUUUUGGUUUCAAAGGAACAAAAGAAAUGUCUCUCUCUUGUAAAAGCUGAUCUUGUUAAGAUGCCACUGUAAAAGUUCCAGCUGAUGAACAUAAAUAACACAAGGCCAAAACACAAAAUCUUAAUGUUAGUGGGGCUGCUUUUCAGAUUUGACAUAGGAGCAGUGGAUCUGACUAAAUUCACAAUGCCUGCUUGUGAGGACAGGGUUAUUUUUUUUUACAUGUAUUUUCAGCUUCUUUUAGUUUUUUCUCAAGACACUGGGAAUAAGGUGAAGAUAUUUUGGUGCCAUUUUUCUAUUUGAUGGCAGAUAUUCAAGAACAAAAUACAUGCACCAUGCAUUCCAUAGCUCAGAUUCUAGUUUUCUUGCCAUGAACUGAAUAGAACUCAUAUGUCUGAAAUGAGAUUUUCCUGCCUCCCCCUUCUAUAUAUUCUCCUUCAUCUUCCAAAAAUCAUUUCCUUGGGAUUGCAGUAUCCUUAGAAAUCAUGCAAAAUAAACAUGGAGGCUGCUGAAGGGGGCAAGGGUUGGUAAUACAUCUACCCGUUGCCCUCGUUAUGUAGAAGGAAAUGUUUUAGAAAACAGUCCUUUGGAAAUACAGUAGGACACCCCCCUUAUUCACGGGAUCAGUAUCUACUGAAUCUCUUACCCA